AGCAAGAACAGGGAACCGAAGAACAAGUAAGGAAUAUGGAAACCCUUCUACCGGCGUUCCCCAAGUUCGAUCCACACACGGACGCGUCGUCACUCGCACAGCGUUGGACUAAACGGCACGCCCGUUUCGAAAACUUCCUUUUGGCCGCCAACGUCACAGAUCCCACUAGAAAGCGUGCUAUGCUGCUUCAUUACGCCGGAGAGGAGGUGUACGACAUUUUUCAAACCCUCCCGGAUACGCAAUCGGACUACGACACAGCUGUCGCCCGUUUGAAAGCGCACUUCACCCCUAAGAAAAAUACCGUGUACGAGAAACACGUAUUUCGCCAAGCAAAGCAAGAUACUGGAGAAACGCUGGACCAAUUUCAAGUCCGACUGAGAAGGCUUGCAGCAACAUGCGAAUUCGCGAAUAUUGACAAAGAGUUGGUAUCCCAAAUAAUCGAGGGAACUGCGUCACACGGAUUACGCCGCGCCGCACUCCGUGAUACGGAUAUCACCCUAGACAAACUACUGGGAAUUGGCCGUAGCCUUAAGAUUGCAAAGCUACAGGCUUCCAACAUAGAAGGUCCUCCACAACAUCAGACAAUUCAAAAAGUGGCAAUGAACAAGCCCUGGCGAGGAGGCGCCACUCGCAAGGAGAAUCGCUUCAACCACAGAAGCUCACAAAAAUGCUUCGGAUGCGGGGGAAACUGGCCCCACAAGAAUGGAAAAGCCAGCUGCCCAGCGAGGGGAGCCACAUGUCAUGUGCCAAAAGAAGAACCACUUCGCCAACUGGUGCAAGAGCACUCCGAAGAACAAAGAAGCGCAACCAAGCUCCCGGUAGUUACAGUAAGCAUAAAUCAAACACCGCUGGAGUUCUUUCUGGAUACUGGGGCUGGCGUCAACGUGGUCGGAGAGCGGACCUGGAGAAAGCGCCUUGGGACACCCCUGAAGGCAACGACGACACGACUGGUACCUUACGGGGUUACGCAAGAAAUCCCUGUUAUGGGAGCAUUCACGGCUUCGUUCAGCUUCAAAGACAGCAACGUGGAGGCACCGGUAUACGUCGUGGGGGGACCACAGGCAUCACUGUCGAGCUACAGGACUGCCAUGGAGCUGAGACUCAUCAAUAUUGUACAGACGAUAGCCCAGGAGACAUCUGUAAGCAUACGAAAGGAAUUUCCAAAGUUGUUUGGAGGUCUCGGUCGACUCAAGAACUUCCAAGUGAGCUUGGAAAUCUCGAAAGAAGUGAGACCAGUUGCUCGUCAGCAUCGCCGCAUUCCCUUGAGUUGA